AUGUCAAUGGUGACCGGUAAAUGCGGUAUGUCCAACAUCCACCACGGUACCGCCUCGAGUAGCUAUUACAUUUUCAAGCUCGACAUAUCGACAUUUCACUUGGAAGACAAGGCCAAGCUGGCCUCCAAAAAGCUGGGUGUGCUCAGUAGGGCGAAGCAGUAUUUCCAGCCGGGCCACCGCCUACAACUGUACAAGGCGCAAGUUCGGCCCCACAUGGAAUACUGCUCACACCUCUGGGCGGGAGCACCCCAAUACCAGCUUCUUCCAUUUGACCGCAUACAACGGAGAGCGACUCGAAUCGUCAACGACCGAGCUCUUACCGAUCGGCUUGAUACCCUGGCCUUGCGGAGGGACGUCAGUUCCCUCUGCAUCUUUUAUCGUUUGUACCACGGGGAGUGUUCCGAAGAACUGUUUGGAACGAUUCCUGCCGCCGAGUUUCGUCAUCGGACGACCCGACAGACCGCCAGGUACCAUCCAUACCAUCUGGAUGGCUGGCAUUCCACAACAGUGCGGUUCUCGCGAAAUUUCUUGCCGCGCACGGCCGCGUUGUGGAAUGGUCUGUCCUCGGCGGUAUUUCCAAACCAGUACGACUUAGGGUCCUUCAAGAAGCGAGCGUAUCACCAUCUCAAAGGUCGGCAACGCAUUUGUGAUUCCUCUGGUAUUGCAGAUGUCCAUGGGCGUCGAUGA